CGCGCGCGCGUACACACGCUCCCUCGCGGGGUUUCACUCACCCGGACGAAGGCGGAGCGAACGGACGGCCCCUCGCUGUCCCUCGUAACUAGCGUCGCGUGGGAUUCUUUUCCAGCCAAUUGCCGGCCGCAGUAUGGUACAAGUGUUUUAGACGAGAACCAGAAGAGAGAGAAAGGCGUGCAAAGAAGACGAAGAGGAAGAGGACGCUGAGGCAGUAAAGAUGGCAGGAGCGACGAAGAGAACCACGGUUUGUUUGACGACUGUGGCCAUCGUGUUCAUCGUCGUGAUCAUCAUCUUGUGCGUUGUGCCGAAACCCUGCAGGAAGGGCGAAGCCUGCUAUGACGAGGGACAAGCGAAGAGUGCCGCUGCCUCCGGCGUCAUCACCGACACUACUACAACCCAGACCUCCAUCGCUAGUACUGAAACUACGUCAACUACAACAAGUGAAGUUACUAAGCUUGUGACCAUUAGCGAGACUACAUCUUCGACCACCGGUUCUUCCACUUCAACCUCUGUGUCCACCACAUCCUCUUCUGAAGCCAUGCCACCCGUAACCGAAGCAGCUGUCACGGAGGCCUCCAGUACUGAGCGUGCGUUCGAGACGUCGGACCUCGUUGAAACGACGCAUGGGACAGGGGCAGACGAGAAUACAACUGAGACUGUAACAUCAAUGGAGACAACUGAGGCUGUGACAACUGCGGAGACAACUGCGAAGACAACGGAGGCUGAAACAACAAUAACAACUACUGAAGAGAUUCCAACAACCACAGAGGAAUAUACUUUCACUUAUAUGCAAGGGAAGGACUGUAACACCACUGCUUGCAGACGUCUGGCGGCGCGCAUGCUGGACAUGAUGGAUAAUGGGGAUAUCAGCCCCUGUGCGGACUUCUACCAGUACGCGUGUGGCGGUGUGGUGGACAAUGGCUUCCUCAAACCCGAGAAUCCUCAGUACUAUGUCGAUAGAAUUAUCGGAGAAAAGCUUGCGUCAGUGCUUCCGGAUGACCCGGACUUAGGUGCUGCGAAGGUAUUCUUCGAUGGCUGUCUGCGCACGAGCAACCAGGGCGUGUUAGAACGACUGAGCGAUAGCAUGAAAGUCUUCUCGGCCCUUGAGUCCUUAUUGGACGCGACCAGUGGCUCGGACACUUUUAACCUGACCGAAACCUUGACUACGAUGAUGAAGAUGCAUUUCACUCCACUCUUCGACCUGACGCUAGACGUGGAUGGCGAGGAUCCGGACAAUUUCGUUCUCCGGCUUUCGCUCCCGACGUUCACUUCACCUUUCGGCGAGAAUCUGGCGCACACGGUUUGUGUCGGGGAAUACCACUCCGAGCUGGGAGCCGCCAAAAAGCGAGGCGGGUUCUUCGACUUGGACGAGCAGUACGACAAGUACAACGAGUGUAUAAAAAGGGGCAAAGGCUCGAAUGCUCGCUACAUGAAAAUGAAGGAAAUGGUGAAGAACAUGGAUCUAAUAGGCAAUCAUACUGAAGUGAACAUGACGCAAAGGCUCAAUCAAGUCAUAAUCGACUUGGAUUUCUUCUUGCAGCCAAUUGUGAAGGAAUUUCCCAAGAAGUCAAUAUUCCGCCUGCAUAAUUUGGAAAAGAAGUACGAUACAAUGUCUUUGGCUGACUUGAUGGAUUUAGAAGGAUUCAGCGAGAACAUCAACUGGCAGAAACUCGUAUCCGAUCUGCUGGGCAUCAGUGCUGACCCCAAGGACAUUAAGGUGCAGGUUUACUUCAAGGACGAACUGCAGAAAAUAAUCGAGCACGUUAACGAAAAUAUUUACGACGCAUCGAACAUUCAUGCCAUGUUCAUGAUGCUUUGGAGUGAACAGCUGUACAACGACUUCGUGGACCCCCUCGGGGUUGCCAUGGGCUCUCCCGCUUACUGCCUCCGCAUUGUCAAGAAUCUCAUGCACGACUUCUCGUCUUACCUGUACCUUGAAGCCUUGGGACCCAGCCUCGACGAGUAUCAGCAACAGAUCAACACGAUGGUCCGGCUGACGAAGAGGACGGCCGAAGAGCAGCUGAAGCGAGCGCAUCCUUCCUCGCCCAACAACUUGCUCAUCGAGAAGCUGCGCAAAAUGACCGGCGAGACGAUGGACCUCCAGACCGCCAAAGACAUCCUAGGGAACAUCAUGACGGAGGUGAAUAUUACCGGGAACUUCAUUGAGGACUGUCGUUUACUCCUGUUACGAUACAGAUCCUUCUUAUAUAGCAUGUAUGAAAGAGGACCUUCCAAUCCUGAAGUUAUGUGGAAUCAGUUCCUUCUACCUUACAAAAGUUACGGUACCUACGUCUACGCCAUGAACAAAUUCUUGAUCCCGUAUGGUGCCAUGGCACCCCCGCUCUUCUAUGGCGACGAUGUCCCCCAUUACAUCAACUUCGCUGGCAUUGGUCACAUGAUCGCACACGAGCUCAUGCACAGCUUUGACGGCACAGGUAUCUACUACGACGGCGAAAGGAGGAACCCGGACAAGAUCUCAGAGAGCCAAGCUUAUGUGCCUCAUACUGAGUGUCUGUCAGAAAAACUUAUUUACCCUCAGUAUGUUAAUACAACAAGUGAUCUUGACACAAACUUUACGCUGCCCCACCGCCUCGCCCUCAACGAGCUCCUCUCGGACUCCGCGGCCACCAGACUGGCUUGGGAAACUUACAUCUCCUUACUCACAGGCGUUGCAGCUCCUACAUCGUCGCCAAGCACACCUCUCACAGGUGGACGGGGGGGAGGCAGCCAGCCCAGCCGCCGCCGACGGUCCCUGAACUGGUAUCCCCCAGGAGCUCGGGCCAAACGCAAGGCCCUGUUUUCGCCUCCGAGACCCACUAAGCCCUUGCCUUCGACCAACACUUCGGAGCCAAAGCUGCCCUUGCCUUCGACCAACACUUCGGAGCCAAAGCUGCCCUUGCCUUGGACCAACAUUUCGGAGCCAAAGCUGCCCUUGCCUUGGACCAACAUUUCGGAGCCAAAGCUGCCCUUGCUUUCGACCAACACUUCGGAGCCAAAGCUGCCCUUGCCUUCGAACAACACUUCGGAGCCAAAGCUGCCCUUCCUGAACUUGACACCCAUCCAACUCUACUUCCUCCGCACAGCACAGACCCAGUGCAGCGCAACCAGUGACAUCAUGUUUGGCGUGAAAGAGGAUGAACAACUGCCAUCUCGCCUCAGGGUGAACAUGAUUCUGAUGAACGACCCGCUGUUCGCCGAGGCCUUCCAGUGCCAGGGAGGCGAGCCCAUGGUGGCCGACCCCCAGUGCGACUUCUCCUUGGGGUAGAAGAGCGCCUCUCCGUCGGAACUCUCGAUUUCUUUCCUCUCUCUUUUCUCAGUUUCUCUCUCUCUCUCUCAUUUAUACACACAUACACACACACAAAGCCUUUUCCUAUGAGAGUUUUCCCAGCACCUUAGGAUAAAAUUACAUGUCAUGUAUAAGUGAUUUGUCAUAUGAAUCAAAUGAAUAUUGUUAAAUUGAUUGUGAGUGAAAGAACGUUUUUUGAACUGAUUAUCAAAUGAUUUUACAAAAAGGAAAAAAAGCGGAAAAAUGACAAUAUGGAAAUAAUCUGUCUCUUUGUCUGUCUGUCUACCUGUCUUUCCUCUCUCUCUCUGCCUUUUCUUUUUCUCGUUGUUUCUUUUUCCGCAACCAUGAUUUAUUCUAGCUGUCUAUCUUAGUCUUUUGGAACACAGCUGAGACACAGCGAUAUCGCCGUCAAGGAAUUCUGAUUAAUUCAACCUUUUUUUUUUCCUGCUGGGUGUUGCCUGCAGAGCUCAGUUAUUUGUUCAGAAAUAUGAAUGUUUAGAGUGAAAUAUAUUCCUUUUUCUCGCA